CAUUAACUUUUCAGAAAAGGCUCUUAGUGAAUGAGACUUUGGAAGGUUGACAACUAGGAAUUCUAGUGGGAAGUUUUCAGUCUUUAUCAGAUGUCAUUGUCGCAAAAGUGUUCGAUAAGCUGUACAUCCAACUUCAGUUCAUUUUGAUUAUACACCUCGGCGAAUCUACAGAAAAAUGUCGGCGGCGCUACUUAAGAGCAGUCCGAUUGAAAAUUCGUCUUUUGACAGCGGUUAUGAAGGCAGUUACGACGGCAGUGACAACGUUAACAGUCUUGGUCAUGCUGUCGACAUUGCCAAACAAGACGUGCUGCAUGAAUUUCAGACCAUAGGGCAAAAGAUAGAAGGUGAAAUCCGUCGUCUUCGCCACGAAAAUUUAGACAAGAAUUCACGCAUCCAGCAGAUGGGCAUAGAGGUCGAUCAGCAGCAAGAUAUGGUUCAGCAGCUAACAUCUGAGGUAGAGGGCAUGAAGGAAAAUCUCGAGAAAGAAAAAAGUCAGAGGAAAAAACUGUUUGAAGAGUUGCAGCAGUUGAAUAUCAAAAAAGAGGAGUUUAAGAGGAGCGUUGAAAGAGAGAGAAAAGAAAAAGAGGUUCAGUUAGUUAAACUUCAAGACCUAAGUAAAGAAAACGAGAAGCUACAAGCUACACUUUGCGCCGCCGAGUCUGAGAGAGGACAACUUCGGUAUACCCUGGGUAAAACAAAUGGCGAGCUGCACAACACUCAGACGGAACUCGAUCUUGCAAAGAGCAGUGUGAAAAAGUUAAGAGAAGAGAAGAUGAAAAUUACCUCCGAACUUCAGGACGAACGAGCCGAGAAAGAGGAGACCCAACAAAUGCUUCAAAAAACAGUGAAGCAAAAGGAUAAAUAUGCUGAACAAGUACAACAACUUGAGGCCCAGAAAGCUACGCUGCAAACAUCCCUCGACGUCGCCAAUUUAACCCUUAAGAAAACCCAAGAAAAUUUGCAACAAAAUGUCGCUGAACUGAUGGCAGAGAUAAAGAAACUUGAAGAUGAGCGCUCCGCCUUGCAACAUACUAUUCAAGAACAAAUCAGUGCUAUGGAUCGGAUACAUCAUCUGGCAACUGAGCAGUCAAAAAACUUUAACGACAAGAAUGCCCAGCUGCAACGUCUUACAGACGAGUUAUUGGAUAAACAGAAGACACUUGAAGAAGUCACUCGUAAAAAGGACAUACAAGUGGAAGAAAUCAGAACCCAGGUUCAAGAGGCCCAAUAA